GACCAACUGUGUUUACAUCCUGUCAGCUGUUCUUUCCUCCACUUGGACCCAAGCACUCGUCCUCUCUACUCUCAAUUUCGUCUCCCCCCUCCCCUCCCAAUACAUCAAAGAAGAAAAACUAUUUGAUCACAGCUGGAAAUCUUGAUAAAAUCCUCCAUGAGGGGCCGCACUGCACCCAAAGAGAAGCAGUGACUUGAUGCGACACGACAUUGUUGUCACUCAGCCCGGAGAUGACAGCCUUGUGACACCAGAGGUUGGACAUUCCAGCCAACAACUCCAAUGCCUCACUGAAGAGAUUUAUAACGCUCUUUGUCUUCUGGUCCUGCUUGAUUUGUAUUCUUUACUUCUUGGUCAAUCGGCAUGGGGGGAGCAGUGAGCGCCGGGGAGGAUAAUGACGAUCUCAUCGAUAACCUGAAAGAGGCGCAAUACAUCCGCACAGAGAGAGUGGAGCAGGCAUUCCGUGCCAUAGACCGAGGUGAUUAUUAUCUGGACAGCUAUCGGGACAGCGCUUAUAAGGACUUGGCAUGGAAACAUGGCAACAUCCACCUGUCAGCUCCAUGUAUUUACUCUGAAGUGAUGGAGGCCCUCAAGCUGCAGCCAGGACUUUCUUUUCUUAACCUGGGCAGUGGGACCGGCUACCUGAGCACCAUGGUGGGCCUCAUCAUUGGUCCAUUUGGUGUGAAUCACGGUGUUGAGCUCCACAAGGAUGUGGUUGAAUACGCCAGAGACAAACUGGACAGUUUCAUCAAGAACAGCGACAGCUUUGAUAAGUUUGAAUUCUGCGAGCCUGUCUUUGUGGUGGGCAACUGUCUGGAAAUCUCCACAGACAGCCACCAGUACGAUCGCAUUUACUGCGGGGCGGGGGUGCAGAAAGACCAUGAAAAUUACAUGAAAGUGCUGCUGAAAAUUGGCGGCAUUCUGGUGAUGCCUAUAGAGGAUCAGCUGACCCAGAUCACCAGGACUGGCCAGUGCACAUGGGAGAGCAAGAACAUCUUGGCCGUGUCCUUUGCCCCCUUGGCCCAGCAGAGCAGAGCUGAUGGGGACAAGCCUGACACUGUCCAGUUGCCCCCAGUGACAGUGCGCACCCUGCAGGAUCUGUCUCGCAUCUACAUCCGUCGCACCCUCAGAGACCUGGCCGGAGGAAACGAAGAGGGCCAGGCCAGAGGGGUGGUCCAACGGGUGCCGCAGAAGCGCAAACGGCGGCACUGCAGACGGCGCCGCAUCAACACCUACGUCUUCGUGGGCAAUCAGCUCAUCCCUCAAAUGGUAGAGAGUGAAGAGGAGCACGGCGAGGAGGAGCACAAGGACGCCGAGGAGGAGGACAAGGAGGAGAGAGACGUUGGCGAUAUUGAGAUCCUCAAACAGACGAACCUGUUUAGAGACCAAAUCAUGGCUCUGCCGCUACCGGAGUCCCUGAAAGAAUAUUUACUCUACUACAGAAAGAAAUGACUCUUGGCCCCCUUUGUUGUUCUCCAGAACAAAUGUAGCAUUAUUUCCACCACAUCUUGAUGCCAAAACUGUACGGGAGAGCAGCGUCACAGAUCAUAAUGGAUAAUAAUGUUAUCAUUGUCUUUUGUAUAGCUGGAUUUCUUUUGAUUUUGUACAUAAAAUAAUGAUGUAUAAUGUACACAAAUGAAGAUUUUCUUCAGUUUGAUCACGCCAAGAUGUCUGCCGACUAAAACAAGAUAUGUACAGAGAACAUGCUGGUUGAAGUUGCUCAGAUUUCUAAAAAUUUUUUCCCAAUGGGUCCUUUAAAAGACCUUAUUUACUGUACAGGCAGUGUUUAAGUACCAUUUCAUAUCAGAUGAAAUAAAACACAAAAAAAGUAAAACUACUCAUCCUUUGAAGACGCUUGACAGAAUAAGGAGGAAGGUGUUUGCAGUGUUUGCGUUUUAUAGGUAUUUCUGGAGACAUACCAUAAGCGCUGUAUAGUCAGACUAAAGAAAAUUACAAAAGUACAACUACUCACCCUUUGAAGAUACCUGAUGGGCACAUAAUGGGCAGGAUGCAGGAUGUCAAUACUGUCACUUAAGGACGUUUUUAUAGGUAUUGCUGGAAUUGAUCCCAUUUCAAAACACAUUUUCCCAUAAGAUUAAUGUAAUAUGACUUUUGACCAAUCAAAAGACUAUUUAAUGAGGAUAAAAGUAAUUGACUCCCCCUUUGAAUAUGAAUAGGGAUGGUGUUUGCGCUGCCGUACUGUCACCAACGCUGUUUUAUAGGUAUUGCUGAGAUUAAAGGGUGUACUUAUGUUAAAUACUACAUACAGGAUGUAAAUGAUAGCCAUGUUGCAUUUGCUGCUGAAUCGCAUGAGAAUUGUUGACUUUUGAGGCAUCCCCCCCCCCCAAAAAAAAUAUAGUUUGAAGUCCAAAUUGUACCACUUUUGGGUGUCCUGUUUUUGUAGGUUACACUGUGUGUGUGUGGCCAUGCAGCCAGCUUGAAGCUUUAACCUUCUUUCCCCAACAGAAACAAAAGCAAAUUCAUAGUUUCAUAAUGACAGUGAGUGCCUGGGGUGGGGGCACUGGGUGGGUUUUUCUACCUUCCUUUCCUAAGAAACCAUGACACGGUGUUAUAAACUUUUUCUACAGGGGCACCUUUUAACAACUUUUUCUACAGGGAGCUGUGUUUUUUUUUUUUUACUUGAUGUGGUAUGCAUUGGAGCAAAACAAGAAUUAACUCAUUAAAAGUGUCGAUAAUGCAUGAAAAUACUCACCAGCAUCUUGACUGGCUGGGUUAUUUUAAAACAAUAUGUGAUAUGAAUCCAUAAAAAGGCCUAAUUGAAACUAAUGUAAAGUGAUAUUGCUUAGGUUUUGUAUUGAAAGCAAUGCAAAAUGCCUUUUUUCAUGUAAAAGUGUCCAACAAAGCACCUUAUUGUGUGAACAUUAUGUGCUGCAGAUGAACUUGGAAUAUAGAAACUGCAGACCUUUUCCUGUUAUUAUUAUUAUUAUUAUUAGUGGUGGCGUUUUUAAGUGCCAGCGUCACAUUUUAGGAAGAACAUUCCAACAGUUUGUGGUCACAUACAGUAUAUGUUACUUUGAAUGCAUCAUUUAGUGAUUUAAAAAAAAGCUGAGGUGUAUUUUUGUCAGAAAAAAAACAUGGAUAUACAGUAGUAUGCAGUUUUAUUUUGGGUUUGUUGUAGCACCUUCUUGCUGUACUGUAACUUCACACUGGCAACUGUGUACACCAAAACUCCACUGCUGUCUGUUCAAUAGAGAAAUAUAUUUAGUGUUAGAAAUAUUCAUUUUCUCUGCAUAUGAUGACAAAUACUCAGAUUUUGGAGGGGAAAUUAUUAGUUUUGUGCGUGAUGAUGUGACAUUUAGUUUGUGUAUUUUUACUUUGAAAUCAGAAUGCCUUUAUCGUGAGUAAUGAUGAAAAAUGUCAUUCAAAAAACAAGCCCUGAUUUUUUUUUUGUUUUGUUAAAUUGCGGCUAUUAAAUGACCCAUUUGACAUGGUGUGUCUUAUAGUACAGUGGAACCUCCAAAAUCGAAACGAUUCUGUUCCAAAGUCAUUGUAAAACAUGUGAGGCAGCAAAAAGAGUGAUACUGCCCCCCAGUGGCCAUUUAUAGGUAUUGCUAUGUAUUGAUAUGUUUAUUUGCAUUGCUGCAGCUAAGCACUUGGUUAUCAUCACACUUCAUCCUUGAUGGCUAACAUUUGCAAACUUACAGGGUGUUUGACUUUGGAGGUUCCUCUGCAUUAUCUACAAUUUCAUUAAAGCCAAUAAGAUGGCACAUUACGGCUUGGUAAAAGCAGGCGAUCUUUGAUCUCAGUCUUUGGUCACACGCCGACUUCUGUCAAGCCGAACGACUUGUAAGCAUUCUGCCGAGAAAGAGCCAAAACACAUCGUGUUGGCGUUGGAUUCCUCCUGCAGUGUGCAGUUCAUUUACAAAAUGGUGUUGUUUCUCUGUGAAUGUUUGGCACAAAAAUAAAGGUCACAAUCACAAACACUGCCUCC